AUGCCUAUUAACCAGCCUUCAAAUCAGAUUAAACUUACCAACGUCGCGAUCGUUAGGCUGAAGAAAGGCAAGAAGCGAUACGAGCUAGCAUGUUACAAGAACAAAGUCCUGGAAUACCGUACCGGAGUUGAGACGGAUCUGGACGAAGUCCUCCAAAUCCAGCAAGUCUUCACCAACGUCUCCAAAGGCGCUGUGGCACCUCAUGCCGACCUCCAAAAGUCCUUCGGGCCAAAAUCCACUACCGAGUCCAUAAUACUAGAAAUACUCCAAAAGGGCGAACUUCAGGUCGGUGAAAAAGAGCGCAACGCGAAACUCGAGCAAACACACACCGAAGUGAUCUCAAUCGUGGCGUCCAAAUGCGUUGACCCAACCUCUAAGCGCGUCUACACUCCUACCAUGAUUGAGAAAGCUCUUGCAGAGUUGUCUGCCAAGAAGAGGGAGGAAGGCGAGGAGGGUGCACCGAGGUGGAGUGGUGUCACGGAUAAGAAGAGCUCCAAGGCUCAGGCUUUGGAGGCUAUCAAGGCCUUGGUGUACCAUCAGCCUAUUUCUAUCGCACGAGCGAGGAUGAGGUUGAGAGUUGUUGCGCCAAAGAGGGUCAAGGAGAAGGUCAUGGAGUUUAUUGAGCAGGUUGAGGACGAAGUGUAUGAGGGCGGCAAUUGGGAAUGCACUGCGUUCGUCGAGCCCGGAAAGUACAAGAGCAUCGCGGACCUUGUUGCGUCAGAGACCAAGGGGAAGGGAAGAGUGGAGGUCAUAGACACUGCGGUUGUGUCUGAGGGCGAUAAUAGUUAGACGGCUUGGGGGAGGGGGAGGGGUGGAUCGGGGGGGUGAUAAAAUUGAGCUUUAC